UCCCUCGAAUUACCGUGAAUCAGGUUUCCAUUUCCCUCUUCAUCCGACGGGAGAGAUUCUUCACCUCGGGAUAGAGAUAGAGAUAGAGAGAGAAACCUCGAAAUUCAUUUGCCUCGUUUUUCACCUCGGGAGAGAAUUCAAUUGAGGAGAGAGAGGGAAAAGAGACCCAUUCCGUCGUGCUUCAGCUGUGACAGAGAACUCUCUAGCGUUUCAAAACAGUAGAGAGAGAAAGAAGGGAGAGAGAGCUGUCUUAGAAGAGACAGAGGAUGAAGUACGUACUCGUAACAGGGGGAGUCGUGAGCGGGCUUGGAAAGGGUGUGACAGCCAGUAGUGUUGGCGUAGUGCUUAAAGCAUGUGGCCUUCGUGUUACCUCCAUUAAAAUAGAUCCAUAUUUGAAUACAGAUGCUGGAACCAUGUCUCCUUUCGAGCAUGGUGAAGUCUUUGUUCUUGAUGAUGGUGGAGAGGUUGAUCUGGAUCUUGGAAAUUAUGAACGUUUCUUGGAUGUAACACUUACUCGAGAUAACAACAUUACCACAGGAAAGAUCUAUCAGUCUGUUAUCGACAAAGAGAGGAAGGGUGAUUAUCUUGGAAAGACUGUUCAGGUAGUUCCACACAUCACAGAUGCCAUAAAGGAUUGGAUUCAAUCAGUUUCCAUUAUUCCUGUUGAUGGCAAAGAUGGUCCAGCCGAUGUUUGUGUUAUUGAGUUGGGAGGAACUGUAGGUGACAUUGAAUCCAUGCCAUUUAUUGAGGCCUUGCGGCAGUUAUCAUAUUCUGUAGGUCAAGACAACUUUUGCAUCAUUCAUGUGAGCCUUGUACCUGUUCUGGGUGUCGUUGGUGAACAAAAAACAAAGCCCACACAACAUAGUGUCAGAGAAUUACGGGCAUUGGGCUUGACUCCCCAUCUGCUAGCAUGCCGCUCUGCAAAGCCGUUGCUGCAAAGUACGAAGGAAAAACUUUCACUGUUUUGUCAUGUUCCUGCUGGCAACAUUCUUAAUAUCCAUGAUGUUCCAAACAUUUGGCAUGUCCCUCUUCUACUCCAGAGUCAAAAUGCUCAUGAGGCCAUCUUGAAACAAUUGAAUUUUCAAAUCAUUUCGAGACCCCCUUGUUUGCAGGAGUGGACUGAGAGGGCAGAAACCUAUGAUAAUCUCACUGACACAGUAAAAAUUGCCAUGGUUGGAAAGUAUACCGGCCUAGCGGAUUCCUACUUAUCUGUAACCAAGGCACUUCUACAUGCUUGUAUUGCAUGCUCAUUGAAACCAUCAAUUGAAUGGAUUGCAGCCAGUGAUCUUGAAGAUACAGCAGAAAAAGAGAGACCAGAAGAGCAUCUAGCUGCGUGGGUGAAAUUGAAGAGUGCUGCUUGCGUUUUGGUGCCUGGUGGAUUUGGAGAUCGUGGAGUUCUAGGGAUGAUACUAGCUGCCAAGUAUGCAAGAGAAAGUCAAGUUCCCUACCUUGGGAUAUGCUUGGGCAUGCAAAUAUCUGUGAUUGAGUUUGCCCGAUCAAUUUUGGGACUCAAAAGAGCCAACAGUACAGAGUUUGACUCUGAAACAACUGAACCUGUUGUCAUCUUUAUGCCUGAGGGUUCGAGAACACACAUGGGAAGCACAAUGAGACUGGGAUCUAGGACAACAUUCUUCCAGACUCCUGACUGCAUUACUUCUAAGCUAUACCGAAACUCUCGGUUUGUGGAUGAGCGUCACCGACAUAGAUAUGAGGUAAAUCCAGAAAUUGUAGACCGCAUAGAAGAUGCUGGAUUGAAAUUUACAGGAAAGGACGAAAGUGGCAAAAGAAUGGAGGUUUUAGAGUUACCAAGUCAUCCUUACUAUGUGGGAGUGCAAUUCCAUCCAGAGUUCAAGUCAAGACCUGGGAAGCCUUCUGCUCCAUUUCUAGGAUCAAAAGGCCCAUGAUCAUUCUACUCUAUGGGAAAGCAAUGCUCUGUGACAUAAGGAAUUUCUGCUCCAGCUUCAAUGGGCAAUGAAGAGACUUAUCACCAUUUAAGAGUUAAGACAACACUAGGCACCCAUACCUGACAAAGAAAAAUGGAAUGAAAUACCAUUUGUUGCAUAUGAUCUCGUCUGUUUUCUCUUUUCAAAUGUCCCCUAGAUUUCUAGUCAUACAACUAAGAAAAAAGCUUACCAUCAUUAAACCUCUCCUACACUGAUCUUCCGUCAUUGAAAAUUAGAAUGCCUUCAGUCAUCCAAAUUUUUCAGGAAGUACUGUAGCUUAGAUUGAAAUCAAAACGAUGGAAAUUUGGAGGACUCUUCAAGAAUUCUUUGGCCUGGAAGAUUUAAUUACGAAAAGAAGCCACAGGUUCUUCUCUUAAGUACACACCAAGUCUCUUUACCCUUGAAGAAACCAAAAGAGGACGCUGUAAGGAAAGUGGAAAACAAGUUCCAAUGAAACUCAAAGUCCAGCUUCACACGAGUUGACAAAUGUAUAAAAUGGAACUUGUAUAGGUUGAGUGAUCUUUAAAAAAAAUUAGUAAGUUUAAAAUAGUUGGGAAGAAAUCUCAUUUUGCCUGCUGAUUUCAUGCUUAGGCUUUUGGGCCUUAUAAUGUAAUUGGAUCUCAUAUUUGGGCAUAUUAAUGCAUUAUGCCUUGGAAGAUUGAUAUUGCUAUUUACUUUUAAUAUUGUACAA